AUGGAAAAAGUUAGGGAAUUUUCUAGAAAUAUCGAAAGUGUUUCCUUUUCUGAUAUUACCAAUAAUUCUACUAGAAAUUUUUGGUUUAAACAAGUGAGAAUUAAUCCAUUGGAUAGAAACAAGACGAAUGUAUUAGAAACUGUGAUAAACAAGACGAAACCAAGUGAUUCAAAUGUAUUGCUAUUUUUAUAUGCAAUGAAUGUGGAAACUAAUUUAAUAUUUUUCAAGGAUUAUUCAUUAUUUCAGCAAUAUAAUCAAUCUAUAAAUGGAAGUUUGGAUUAUUAUACACCAGAUGUUACAAAUGUGGAAAAAACUUAUUCAGGAUUUUUUACAAAACAAUGGCGGUUGACUAGUAAUGAUUUUAGAAAUAAUCAAACAAUUAUUACUCAAUAUAAUCAAACAAUUAUUUUAAAUAAUACCAAAAAUGGAAAUAAUACUACCAAUAAUGGAACAUUAACUAUUACAAACACUACCCUCACAACAACUAGUACUAAUACUAGUCAAAUAUUUAAUCAAACUUAUACUAUUGCCAUUAGAAUUAAAACAUCAAAUUUUGAAUCUGUCAAGAAUAUUAGUGGACUAUUUCACUUACUUGUCGACGAUUCUCAAACUUCAAUUUUAAAUGACAUGUUAAAAAUAUUUUGGAUUACAGUGGUGCAGAUUAUUAUAUGUUGUGUGGCUUGUUUUUAUAUUCAUGAAUCAAUUUCUAAUUUUGAUCCAGUGAAUUAUCAGGAAUUUUUAUUUUCUUGGCUUUCCAUAGUUACCUAUUUUGGAAAGUCUGAAAAACCUUCAGGUGUUAAUAUUGUUUUUAAAAAUCUUAAAGUGAGUGGACCAAAAAGAACAUUAUUGAAAAAUGUUUCAGGUUUUAUUCCUGCAAAAUCAUUUACUGCAGUCAUGGGAAAGAGGUAA